UUUCGAGCCGGGCAGUAGGGACGCGUGCAGCAUUCAAAUUUCUGCCGUGCUGUUGUGACGGUGUGUGACCGUCAAUCGAGUCGGAGUCGCGAAGAAAGAGAGAGAUAGAGAGAGGGAGAGGGGCCCCGCUCCGUAAAGACGAUACUUUUCGUCCGAUUCACGCCAGGAACGCGAGGACCCCCGGUGCCCCAGGAUGGCGCAGAACGUGAACCCGUUCAGCUCGAUGCAGAACACGCCGACUAAGGCCGCCGAGGAGAAGCAGAGCCUGCCGAAGGACAAUCACGCAGUCAGCAAACGGUUGCAAAAGGAACUCAUGGUGCUGAUGAUGAACACCGAGCAAGGAGUAUCCGCCUUUCCAGAGGGAGAAAAUUUGUUUAAAUGGAUCGGGACUAUCACAGGACCAAGAGAUACGGUAUACGCCGGUCUCACCUACAAACUGACCUUAGAAUUUCCACAUAGCUAUCCGUAUAGCGCUCCUAUAGUACGCUUCGCCACACCCUGCUUUCACCCAAAUGUAGAUACCGGUGGUAACAUCUGCCUAGAUAUAUUGAAAGAUAAGUGGAGCGCGUUGUACGACGUCCGUACCAUUUUACUCUCCAUACAGUCCCUUCUUGGUGAACCUAACAACGAAAGCCCACUUAAUCUUGAAGCGGCGGAGCUGUGGAGCAAUCAGACGAAAUACAAAAAGUAUCUGAUGGAAGAAUAUCACAGAGCACUCGAUCGAACGCAGAGCAGUCGCAAUCAACAGGAUUCAUGAUAAGCCAUGACCAUAAUCCAUUUUGAAUCAUUUAAUAUUAUUAUUCUUAUCAGCGGUAGGAUUAUAAUUAAGUGUACGAUUGAUCAGAACUUCCUGCACUUUUCUCGAGGGUUUAUUAAGCAUCAUCGAAAUUAAAUUGGGUUUUUUUUUCUUUUUCGAAACAAUGACACUGACGAAAUUCUUCUUCACGAAUUAUGAAUUAUACAUGUAUAUGCCGCAUUGCAUUUAACUCGCAAGAUUUUUGUAGGAACUUUUGUAAGAACAUUUAUAAAUUUAUGUAAUCACCGACAUUAAAACAAUUGCACUACAUUUAUUUAUUUACCAUAUAAAAACCUUUGGUUUUUCGAUUACUGCCAUCGUCUGUAUAUUAGAUCUACAUUUGAUAUUUGUUUGCAUUUUUACCAUUACUGUAUAGUUCUAAAAUAAAUAUUUUAAUGAUCAUA